AUGCUGUUCAUCAACGCCAUUCUCGCCCUAGCCUCUGCCCUGACCGUCCUCUCUGCCCCUGGAGACUCCAUCGGAACAACCUCCCAGAAAUGUAGUGGCGAAAAUUACCGACCACUCAUCGACAGCGAGUGCCAGCCAUACGAUAGCGACACCGGUAUCAACGCGACUGUACCGAUCUCCUGCAACUUUUAUGCAACGAUAAACUGCACCGAUGUUGUUCUUCAAGAUGACUGCGCGACUGUAGCGGAAUUAGUUCCUCAAGGAGAAAUGUACUUCAAGUGUGUUGCUGAUGGCUCUUAG